GCGACACAGAGACGUUAGCAUCUAGCGUUUAGCAUUGCUCAAGUUUGUCGGUGUGCUCGCUACAAGACAUCAAACAUGUUGAAAGAGUUGGUGAAAGAGCGACUAAUGGCGGCAGCCGAUGAAAUAUUCGCGCUGUUUGAAAGCACGAUAACGUCGUACGAGGAGGAACUUUCUCGAACGAGAGAGGAGAAGGAGCGACAUCGACAACAACUGGAAGCUGUCUGCAAAACUCAAAUUGUGCUACACGUUGAAGACAUCCAGCAGCUGAGUGGUCGUCGAGAAGAACAUCCACCGACGCCACAGGACGGAAGAUCCGCUUUGAGGCAGGAGGAUCCACAGCCCACCCACCUUAAGGAGGAAAAGAAGGAAGGUUGUAUCAGUCAGUCAGGAGAAGAGUGUCUUCUCGGGCCGCAGGAGGCUGAUCUCACCAAGUUGCCUCUGACUGGUGACUCUGUGAAGACUGAAGACCAUGAAGACAAACCACAAGUUGACCACCUCAUAGCUCCUCUAUCAGAUAGUGACGACAUAACGUCACACUCUGCUGAGGAUAAAGAUGAGGACUACACCCAAGUACCUUUGAGCAGCGAUACGGACGGUGGGGGUGAUACCAGGACUCACACUGACAACCAACACCCUGAAUGCUCUGAAAAGAAGACGGAUAAAAAAGGUUCUACCUGCUCGUUUGGUGCCCAAAGUGUUUGUAAUAAAGAGGAUUCUGCUCCACACACAGAUGGCCAGCAGCGUCGUCAAGAAGAACAUCCCCCUACGCCACGGGAGGGAAGCUCCACGUUGAUGCAGGAGGAUCCACAGCCCCCCCACAUUAAAGAGGAAGAGGAGGAACUCUGGAUCAGUCAGUCAGGAGAAGAGUGUUUUCUCGGGCCACGGGAGGCUGAUCUCACCAAGUUGCCUCUGACCGGUGUCUCUGUGAAGACUGAAGACCAUGAAGACAAACCCCAAGUUGACAACCUCUUAGCUCCUCUAUCAGAUAGUGACGACAUGACAUCACACUCUGCUGAGGAUGAAGACGAGGACAACACCCAAGAACCUUUGAGCAGCGAUACAGACUGUGAGGGUGGAAUGAGGACUCACACCGACAACAAACACCCCGAAUGCUCUGAAAAUAAGACGGACAAAAAACGUUUUACCUGCUCGCUUUGUGCCAAAAGCUUUUGCGUCAAAAAGGAUUUUGCGCGACACACGAGAACGCACACGGGAGAAAAACCUUUCAGUUGCUCGUUCUGCAGUCAACGGUUCACCCAGAAAGACAAUAUGAUCUCGCACAUGAGAACGCACACCGGAGAAAAGCCUUUUAGUUGCUCACUUUGCUGCAACAACUUUUCCCAGAGGUCCACGCUGACCGCACACAUGAGAACACACACGGGGGAAAAGCCUUUCAGCUGCUCAGUUUGCGCCAGCACUUUUUCUCAUAAAGGCUCCUUGACUGUGCACAUGAGAAAGCACACGGGGGAGAAACCGUUUACUUGUUCAAUUUGUGGCGAUACGUUUUCUCGGAGGGCCAGUAUGGAAUUGCACAUGAGGAAACACACAGGAGAAAAACCUUUCAGUUGUUCAGUUUGCGAUAAAGGUUAUUACCACAAGAAGAGCUUGAGGGCGCACAUGUCAACACACGAUGCAGAGUAAAUGUUUUCAUGUCUAGUUUGUAGGGUCACGUAGUAGUCGUUAGUGUUUCCCAUGUAUUCAAAAUUACAUGUAAGACUGCCACAAGUAAUAAACAUCAAUAUAUACGGUAUAUAUAUUUUGUUUGUAUUUUUUAAAGGUUUUGCGAUAAAGUAAAUAAAACAGGCGAUAUAUGUGCUUCCACCUCCUGCAAAGAUGUUCCACAUUUGUUUUAAAAUUUGAGGUUUGAGCAACAGGCGGCACACGCUUUUGAGGAGUAAAGUUGGAGGUCAAUAUUACUUCCUACAGAUUGGGGUGGAACAAAAAUCUCAUUUGAUGAAUGUUUGUACAAGUUUGCGUUGCUAAUUCCUGUUAGCCUAUCAAUGAGCUGGUCCAUUGUACAAACCCCGUUUCCAUAUGAGUUAGGAAAUUGUGUUAGAUGUAAAUAUAAACAGAAUACAAUUAUUUGCAAAUCUUUUUCAACCCAUAUUCAAUUGAAUGCACUACAAAGACAAGAUAUUUGAUGUUCAAACUGAUAAUCGUUAUUUAUUUGUUUUGCAAAUAAUAAUUAACUUAGAAUUUCAUGGCUGCAACACGUGCCAAAGUAGUUGGGAAAGGGCAUGUUCACCACUGUGUUACAUCACCUUUUCUUUUAACAACACUCAGUAGACGAUUGGGAACUGAGGAAACUAAUUGUUGAAGCUUUGAAAGUGGAAUUCUUUCCCAUUCUUGUUUUAUGUAGAGCUUCAGUCGUUCAACAGUCCGGGGUCUCUGCUGUCGUAUUUUACGCUUCAUAAUGCGCCACACAUUUUCGAUGGGAGACAGGUCUGGAUUGCAGGCGAGCCAGAAAAGUACCCGCACUCUUUUUUUACGAAGCCACGCUGUUGUAACACGUGCUGAAUGUGGCUUGGCAUUGUCUUGCUGAAAUAAGCAGGGGCGUCCAUGACGGCGCUUAGAUGGCAGCAUAUGUUGUUCCAAAACCUGUAUGUACCUUUCAGCAUUAAUGGUGCCGUCACAGAUGUGUAAGUUACCCAUGCCUUGGGCACUAAAGCACCCCCAUACCAUCACAGAUGCUGGCUUUUGAACUUUUGCGUCGAUGGUUCGCUUCCCCUUUGGUCCGGAUGACACGAUGUCGAAUAUUUCCAAAAACAAUUUGAAAUGUGGAGAAACGUUGUUCUUAAACUAUUUGACUAUUUGCUCACGCAGUUGUGGACAAAGGGGUGUACCUCGCCCCAUCCUUUCUUGUGAAAGACUGAGCAUUUUUUGGGAAGCUGUUUUUAUACCCAAUCAUGGCACCCACCUGUUCCCAAUUAGCCUGCACACCUGUGGGAUGUUCCAAAUAAGUGUUUGAUCAGCAUUCCUCAACUUUAUCAGUUUUUAUUGCCACCUUUCCCAACUUCGUUGUCGCAUGUUGCUGGCAUCAAAUUCCCUAAAGUUAAUGAUUAUUUGCACACAAAAAAUGUUUAUCAGUUUGAACAUCAAAUAUGUUGUCUUUGUAGCAUAUGCAACUGAAUAUGGGUUGAAAAUGAUUUGCAAAUCAUUGUAUUCCGUUUAUAUUUACAUCUAACACAAUUUCCCAACUCAUAUGGACACGGGGUUUGUACGUUAGCAUUAAGCUAGCAGCAUCCUUCAUCCUUCAUCCAUCCAAUUUAAAGUUAAAAGUUAAAAAAGUUAAAGUACCAAUGAUUGUCACACACACACUAGGUGUGGCGAGAUUAUUCUCUGCAUUUGACCCAUCACCCUUGAUCACCCCCUGGGAGGUGAGGGGAGCAGUGGGCAGCAGCGGUGGCCGCGCCCGGGAAUCAUUUUGGUGAUUUAACCCCCAAUUCCAACUCUACCGCUUGUCCCGUUCAGGGUUGCGAGGGUGCUGGAGCCUAUCUAAGCUGCAUUUGGGCAGAAGGCUGGGUACACCCUGGACAAGUCGCCACCUCAUCCCAGGGCCAACACAGAUAGACAGACAACAUUCACACUCACAUUCACACACAAGGGCCCAUGUAGUGUUGCCAAUCAACCGAUCCCCAGGGUUUUUUUUUCCAUUCACACCAAACUGUAUUGUUGAUUUAACAUGACUCCUACAGAAAUGAGCACUUUAUGAUUGUACAUUCCUUUGUGUGCUUAGUUUUGCAGUAAUUCAACUGUGGAGACGUUCAAUAAACAACUUUUUUUUAGAUUAUUUUUAUUUUAAAUUUGUAUAUUUCAAAGGGGACAAUGCAAUUUCAUGAAACACAUGACUACACAUGGUUUAAAAAGACAGAAUUA